AGCCAAUCAAAUUAAACUUCAACUCCUUCAUUAAUUCCUAAGUCUUAUCUUCCCUAUGAAGUUUCGUCUCUCUUUAAAUUCCUCACUCACUCUCUCUUUUGUUCAACUUUCACAAAGAGAAACAAAAGAAGGAAGUAGAAAAAAUGGCGGAAUCGGCAAAGCAACACAUCGAUCGAAUCCGGAAGACUAAGUUCUCAAUCGGCGGAGCUUAUAAUCCUUUGACGGAGGAUCUUCAUCAAGCAUUAUACUCUACUCCAAGGAUGUUCACUUCCUCAUGGAACUUAUCCAACACACAAAAAUGGGUUAGACGACUUAGAUUGAAUGCUGAGGAUAACGAGUAUCUGGAAGGUGUGGAUCCUUCUCUUGAAUUCAUACUUACAUAUGAGGACAUCACAGCCACUGGAGCUACAGCCACGCUUCUUAUCUUCAACAAUGAGACAGGUUUCUCUGAGAAGAACAUUGAGUCAAUUUGUAGUGUUGUAAGAUCCACCAAGAACGGCAUUCGAAAACGUGGUUUUAUUGGAGAGAAAGGUAUUGGUUUCAAGAGUGUGUUUUUGAUCACCUCACAGCCAUAUAUUUUCAGCAAUGGCUAUCAAAUUUGCUUCAAUGAGGCACCUUGCAGCCGCAAUAGCAACCUUGGCUACAUUGUUCCUGAGUGGGUUGAGCAACAUCCUUCUCUAGUCGAUAUUCAAAGAAUAUAUGGUUUUGGUUCUGCUCUUCCGACCACAACAAUUAUCUUGCCUUUGAAAAGUGACAAAGUAAAGCCGGUGAAAGAACAGCUUUCCAAUGUUCAUCCUGAGCAACGGCUCUGGUCAAGGAAGAGCAUUGAUGCUGAGUCAUACAUGAUACAUCUCUCAGCUUGUGGAAAAACAUUCAGUUACUACAUGUGGAGGCAAAAGUUUCCGGUGAAAGAUGAGAACCGAGUGGGAAGGAGAAGCGAAGUUGAGGAAUUCUUCAUAACUAUGGCGUUUCCAUUCGGAGACCGUCUUGCCCUUGGAAAUAGCUCUCCUCCUGGUAUAUAUGCGUUGCUUCCCACAGAGAUGGUAACUAACUUUCCAUUCAUAUAUCAUACAAGGAGAUUUUAUCAUGGCAUCGUCUAGAGAAACUAUACUAUUGGAUGAGAUAUGGAACCAAGGGAUUCUCAGAUGUGUUCCUUCUGCUUUUGUGAAUGCAUUCACUUACUUGAUGAAAAAGAAAGAUGCUUUUAGUUUCUUGCCUGUGAAGGAAUCUAAUUAUGAAGAGUUGAAUAAUGUCCGAGAAUCUAU